CUUACACCCCUGGGCUCAUCUCCUCCCACCUCCCCACGCCCCCGGGGCCAGCACAGGUGGGCACAGCAGAGCCCGACGUUUGCCAGCCCCCUGCCACCUGCCCCUGCCCUGGCACACGCGUCCGCCCAGGGCCCAGCGCAGAUUCGAGUCAGUCUGGACGGUGCCUGGCCCCUCGCCCUCCUCUGCCCCACACUCCCCCCUCAACAGGUGGCAGGGGUCAAAGGUGCAGGGCCGAGGGGGCACCUGAGGAGGACAGCAGCCAGUGGCAGGGACCCGGGUGUCGGCAGCCACCUUCUGUCCCUCGCUUCCCCUUUGCCCCUUUCUCAGGUGAGGCUGAGACCCGGAGGGCUGGGGCUGGUGGUCACCUGGAAGGCCUGGGGCUGGUCCCCAGCACCCUCCUUCCUGCCCCCACUGCCCUAGCACCCCCCCCACUUUCCCCAGCACCUCCUUCCUGGCCCCACUGCCCCCAGCACUCCUCCACUUUCCCCAGACCCUCCUUCCCUGCCCUCAUCACUGCCCCCUGCCCUGCACUUCCUUGUCUGUCUCUAGGUGGCCAUGGGCUCUUGGUCUUGCUCGGGGUGGUAGAGAGAAGGGCCUGGAGAGCUCGGCCUCCCCUGAGGGCUACUUGCUGGCCACCGCGCCAGAGCCUCCUCAGGCCUAGGGGGUCUUGCUGGGACCGGGCUUGGGGUGGGAGGUGGGGUGCUGGCACCUGAGGGCACUGCCCCAGCGCGCUUCUUCCUAGCCCAGGGUGCCCACAGGGCUGGGCCUGGGCCUCUCGGAGCCCUCACUGCUGGAGCUGGGGGCUCCGGGGCGGCCACAGACCCCUCGAAGGACCUUCUCGGAGGCCUUCGAUUCAGGACCCGCACCCCUUCUCACCCCCCGGCCCACCCCCAGGCCCGGCUCUCUGCGGUUCCCUGACUGUCCGUCCACCCACACCCCUCAGAACGCUCCCAGGGCACACGGACAGCCUCCAUGCUGCAGCUCUGUGCCCACCUGUGCCCACCGACCUGUGCCCACUGACCUGUGCCCACCUGUGCCUGCUGACCCGAUGCCACCCUGGUCCCCUCCCGCAGCCCUGGCUGGGGUUCUCCCUCCGAGGCCUCGCCCCUCUCCCUGGAAUGCAGCUGCUGGCUGUGCCCUGCGCCCCUUCCCUGCCUUGUGCUGCCCACCCAUGUCCUGUGCUGGACCCUGAGAGCCCAGAGAGGGGGCUGGGCUCCGGUCCCACAGCAGGGCCGUGGCAGCCAGUCCCCGUGGCUCCUUCCAGCCUCUCCGUCACCCCCCUGAGCCCUGCUUUCCUAACUGGGACGGGGGUCCUGGUCUUGCCUUGUGGGUGCCAGUGGGUGGAGGAUCCCUGCGAGGCUGCCUGGAAGGUGGGGGCCACGUGUGGGGCAAGAUGAAGGGGGGCACCCCGGGGAGGCCAGUGGAGCUGCUGGGAGCAAGGCGCUGCUGGACCCCCUGUGCUCAGAGCCUUGUAUCUCACCCCAGGGGAAUGGGCACCCCAUGUCCCCUCAGCGUGAGGUCUUGACCUUCCUUCCUGAUGCCAUCCUGGACCCCCCAGCCCUGUGUGCAGCUGGCUCCCUCACUGUGUCCUGGGGUUAGGGGGUGACCCCCACUCCCCACCCCCCCAGAGGCCUGCCCCACCUGGCUGUGCCCCAGCCUCUCCUGCAGCCCUCCUUGCUCUCCCUGCCCUGGUCCCGCAGCCCCCAGCACCCCCGUGGGACCCCUCGGGGCUGCUUUUCCCUCCUGCCAGCCCCUCCCUCAAAGCCUCCACCCGAGAGGCUGGUCCCAGGCACCCCGGCUUCCGGCAGCUCUCUGGAACUCUAGAGUAUUCCAGUCUGAAAGGACCUCGGCAGCACCACCCCCCAGGCGCCCCUCCCAGCACACACCGAGUCCCCAGGAGUGAGAGGCUGGUGUCUGGGGGCAAGAAGAGGCUUCGGGGCCUUGAAGCUGAGCAGAGCUGCUGGCCCAGACGCCCCCAGGCCUCCUCGGAGGGUGUCGCCCCCAAAGUUGGGGGGCCUGGAGCUGCUGCCUCUGCACCCACAAUGAGAUGCUGUGGCUUUCACCACCGUCCCGCCACCUCUGCCUGCGAGCCGGGAGUCAUGGGCGUCCCUGGGGAGGAAACUGAGGCCCAGAGAGCCCCAGGGGAGCUGAACUGGGGCUGCCAGGUCGGGUCCGCCCCUGCCGCGGGGGUCCCAGGGGAAGCCUGGGGGCUGAUGGUGGGCAUGGCCCUGUGCUGAGAGCCUCGUGCGGGGUGGGCGGCCUCAGGGAGAGCAGUGUCCAGAGGCAGAGUGGGCGGUGGGCUGUGCCCGGCAGCUGCCACCCCCAGCCCGCUCGGUGCCAGGGAGGGCUCCAGCUGGAGUCCCUGCCCAGACGGAUGCCGUGGAGGGCAGCUCUGCACUCACCCAGGGGGAAGGGAAUUCAGGAGAGCCACCUGGGGAGAUGCCCCGGAGAGAGGGAAGUCGUGGUGUCCUGGGGCCGGCCACCAGGGACUCAGAGACUUGGGGGCAAGGGGGACCUGGGCAGACAGGGGUGGCCGCCUGUGCAGAGGUGAAGGCCGGCGGGGGCACAGACGCCAGAGAGAGUGAGCCCCAGGAUGCACUGGAACCCCACGGAGCACAUGGGGACCCCAUGGGGUGAGCAGGAACCCCAUGGGGCAGGCACAAACCCCACAGAGCACAUGGGAACUCCACAGGCCUCGUGGGAACCCCACAGGGCUCACAGGAACCCCACGGAGUGAGCAGGAACCCCACGGGGCUGGGGAGCUCAGAGCAGACCCCUCCCUGCUCACAGUGCCCCCCCCACCACACCACCUGAGGGCCUCGGUGGCUAAUACAACCUUCCCCAGGGGUCUCCGCUAGGUGAGGGGGCUGGGGGGCCUGUCCCCAUCCAGGUCUUGGCACAGCCCGGCCCACGGGAGGGACAGGUCAGCCCGGGUGACCGUGAGGCCGUGCAGGAGCUGAGUCCCACGGGGCCAUGGCCGGGCAGUGGGAAGGACGGAGGUGCGGUCAGGCGGGCGUGUCUUCAGGUGGGCGGGUGCCCCCAGCCACUCCCCGGGGAGACAGGAGAGGCCCGCGGGUCACGCCGGCCCUGCCUCUCUGGAAGCUUGGCUGAGGAGCCUCUCCCCACCCCUGGCUCCCAAACUCCCCACCCCACCCAGCGGCUCUCCUCACCCCCCACUGACCUCGCGGAGAGUGGUCAGUCCCCACCAUGGUGCCCAGCACCCCCGUGUGCAGCAGACCCCGAUGUCCCCACAAGGCCAAUGCCGGCACAGUGGCCGGAAUCCAGCCUGGCCCUCGGGCUCCACGGUGCCUCAAGGCCAUCGCCAUCCCUGUCAGUGCCACCGGCAGCCCCGACGCCCUUCCAACGCCGUGAUGCUCAGGGUGUCCCUCUGCGGCUGGGCUGGCUGACCCUCAGGCUGUCCUGCACACGCUGUCCUCGGGGCGCUUGUGGCCCCUUCCUCUCCUGCCCCCUCCCUGCCUGCCUGUGAGAGGCCCUGGACGGCAGUGCCCUCUCCCGGCCCCUGGGCCUGCAUAUGGCCGGACGAGUUCAGCGAACAUGUUACGCCUCUGUGAUCAGAAGGAGACCCUGCCGCAGCCAAGCGUCGCUCCCCGGCGCCUGUGACCCUCCUCACUGUGCCCCUGGCUCAGGCCUCCCAGUCCAGGAAUGAGCCCCCGGGGGCCCAGGUGGCAGCCCCGAGGGAGGCUCCCUGCUGGCAGAGGUGUCAGUCCCAGGAGGCUCAGAGCUGAGGUGCUAAUGGAUGGUAAUGGACCGAGGUGUGGCCCUGAGAGGGACAGAUUUGCAUUUUCAGGGGAACUUGCUUCUGCCUCAGAGCUGUCCGGGUCCACUAAGAACUGCAGAGCUGCGGACCCACUCCCCAGGACGCAGCACCCAUCCCCCAAAUGACCUCCCAGGCCGCAGCACCCCAGCCCCUCACCCCCACUGAGCUCCAGGACCCAAUCCCGCCCCCCACGCCAACGCCCACCCAGCACCCAGCAUCCGUGCACCCACAGGCCUCUGCGUGGUUUGGGGCUGGGGAUCCCGCCCCCCCCACUGCUCCUGUCUUCUCAGUCUCCCGUCCCUGCACGCCCCCUGCAUCCCACUCCUCUGGGGAAGCCGAGGUCUUGGCAGAGAGCUCCCAGAGGACCCCCGAGGACCCCCCGAGGUCCUGCUGUCCUUCCGGCGCACCUCGGGGCCUGCUCCGCCUCCUCUCCAGGUGCCACCAGUGGAGCAUUCCUCUGCAGGGCGGGGGGCUGCCCCUGCCCCUGCCCAGGACGCCCUCUCGCUGCCCGGCCCCUGCCUCCCUGCGCCCUCCUCCUGUCCCUCUUUCCCGGGUCUGCAGCCGCCCCGACUGGAAACAAAGCACCUUCUUUCAAGCUCACCCCGCGCCCAGCCCCUGCCUGGAUUCCCGGAAGCUCUGUCCUCUCUCCUCGCCCAUCCGCCCACCUCAACCAGGGCGGCCUCCGGCCCAGGGCCCCCUCUCAGCCGACGGCUCGCUCCUUCCUCCUCCAAACUCGUUCCUCGGUGGCUCCCAGGACCCAGGGCGCCCUCCGUUUUCCCAAGGGGGCCCCUGCUCGGGCCCUUCCUGGGUGGUCCCCUUUGUCCUCCUUCCUUCCAGACCCAGGGUGCCCGGGCACGGUCCUCGCCGCGUGGCGCCCUCUCCCCUCACUCGCUGGGUGGCCCCUGUCCGUCUCCAUCCAGUCAACAGAUGCCCACGGACGCCUCCCAAAUGUCCACGUCCAGCCUGACCAGCUCCCCCUCCAGACUCGGUGUCCUGCCACCCACCCGCCACUCGGCACUGACCGUCUGUGCCCCAGGUCCCCACCUGCUCCUGCUGUCCUCCCCGUCCCGCGGAGGGCACCUCCGUCUUCCCACGGCUCCGGCCCGGCCCGUCGAGCAAGCGUGGUUUCUCUUCCUCACCCCCCACGCAGUCUGACGGCAGAGCCCGUGGGUGUCACCUUCCUCCACCCCUGCUGCUCCCCGGGCUGCAGAAACGCCCCUGCCACUGGCACCCUCUGCCCCGUCCCUCCAGCUGCCCGGGCCUCGUUCCCCCAGGUGCUCACUCAGCCCACGCCCUCUCACCUGCGCGUGCUUACUCAGGUGUCACCCACCCCUCAGAGGCACGGCCACACACACGCACACACUACCACACUACCUCCCUCUUCCUGGCACUCAGCACCUUCUGACAUACUGUUUACUGAAUUCUUUAUCUUGUUAUUGUUUAUUGCCCUCCACUAGAACAAAAGCUCCAUGAGGAAGGGGUUUGUGUCUGUUCUAGAACUUUCUGUGCCCCAGCCCUGAACGAUGGACGACUGGCUGGCUGGACUGACGAAUGGGUGGAUGGACGGACGGAUAGACAGAUGGAUGGAUGGAUGGACUGAUGGAUGGACGGAUGGAUAGAAGUGUGGGUAGAUGGGUAGAUGGAUGGACAGACAGAUGGGUAGACGAUAGGUGGAUGGUUAGAUACGUUUUAUGUUUUGGGGGCUCUGUGGAAGAUUUGACUUUUAAAAGGAGGUCUCUGCCAUGUUAUUUUUGUGCAUCUCUUCAAUCCAAAUGCCCUCUGAGAGCGAGCGCUCCUAUGUCCCUAUUUUUUCAAAGGUGAAACUGAGGCUCAGGGAAGCCCUGUCCUUGGCCGAGGUUGCUCACAUUGCGUGUGGCAGAGCUGGGGUUUGCGCCCAGGCUGCUGGGCCCUGGCGUGUGCCCUGCCUCUGGGUGAAGAUAAAGGAGCCACCAGGCUCGCCCCCCAAGGUGGAGGGGUCAGCGUCCUGCGUCCUGUGCUGGGCGAGGUUGAUGGGUGUGGACGUGAGUCCCCGCAGUCCACCCACAGCCUGUGGUGGGCACUGGGCCCCUGGCCCGGGCUGCCUUCCCCGCGGGGUCUCCCCUGCUGGGCCUGGCGCUGGUGUGCGCGCGUCACCUGACACAGGUGCAGCCAGCGCUGGCUGCUCUGUUGCCAUGGCUACCGCAGGCCCAGGAGGAGGAGGAUGGAGACGCAGCCUUGGUCCUGGAAGGUGAUCAGGGCCCACGCGGAGCCCCCGGCCCAGUGCAGCCCACCCCGCCGCCGCGGUUGGCAUGGCACAGCCCUGAUGCAGGCCGCAAGUAAUCUGGUUACUAUCAAAGUAGAAAUAAAGAA